CCGCAUGUAUCUUACUAUAGGGCGACUGUCUAGAAAACGGCAUCUCUAUGAUACUGACGUAUACGUAGUGUCGUACGGAAGGCGGCGUGUUCUCCUUCUGAGCUGGGCCUAUCUGACAAGCGCUUUCGUAAGCGCGGGAGUUAAUCAGAAUUUGGCAGGGCUGGUACGAUUAGUUGCUAUAGUCUUGUGUGUCAGACUCAGGAGCCGGCCGUGGUAGGAGGGUUAAACUUCUGUAGAAAACCUCGGGGUAUCGCUGAGUAGGGGCAUGGCAUUCAAUUUUGGAGCUACCACCGGGACUCCGGCCAAUCAAGGUACUACUGGCUUUUCACUUGGCACAUUUACACCUAAAACUACUACAUCAGGGUUUGGUUUUGGUACAACUACCACAACUGCACCAACAGGCUUUGGAGGAUUUGGAGGGCUGGAAUCGUUGACCUCCAAUGCCAGUGGGUUUAACUUUGGGGGGUUCGGACUAGCUGCUAAUCCAGCUUUAAACUUUAACAUUGGGAAUUUCAGUGUGUCUACUGCUCCAGCAGCACCCUUCAAUUUUGGUAACACCCUGGCAAGUGCAGGUGGAUUUGGAGGCUUUGGAGCUACUACAACUGCAUCUACUGGGCCAGCUUUUAGUUUUACUACUCCAGCAAACACAACCUCAGGUCUCUUUGGUGCUACACAAAAUAAGGGAUUUGGCUUUGGAACUGGUUUUGGGUCAACUACAACAAGCACAGGUCUAGGUACUGGUCUUGGAACAGGUUUGGGUUUCACCGGAUUCAAUACAUCCCAGCAGCAGCAACAGCAGUCAGUGCUUGGAGCUGGUCUUUUCAACCAAUCUUUUCAAAGCACCCCCCAGUCGAACCAACUCAUAAACACUGCUAGUGCUCUUUCUGCACCGACUUUACUUGGGGAUGAGCGAGAUGCAAUCUUGGCAAAGUGGAACCAACUUCAGGCCUUUUGGGGAACAGGCAAAGGCUUUUUUAUGAAUAACACACCUCCUGUGGAAUUCACCCAGGAAAACCCAUUUUGUAGGUUUAAGGCUGUUGGUUUCAGCUACAUCCCUAACAACAAGGAUGAAGAUGGUUUGAUAUCUCUUAUCUUCAACAAAAAAGAAUCCGACAUCCGAGGGCAGCAACAGCAGCUAGUGGAAUCUCUGCACAAAGUCCUUGGGGGACACCAGACAUUGACUGUAAAUGUGGAAGGGGUUAAAACUAAAGCAGAUAACCAAACAGAAGUCAUAAUCUAUGUUGUAGAGCGGUCUCCUAAUGGAACUUCAAGGCGAGUCGGAGCCAGCGCUCUUUUCAGUUACUUUGAACAAGCACACAUCAAGGCUAAUAUGCAGCAGCUCGGGGUUACAGGGGCAAUGGCCCAAACAGAACUUUCUCCAGUACAGAUUAAGCAACUCAUCCAGAACCCUCUUUCAGGUGUUGAUCCAAUAAUCUGGGAACAAGCCAAAGUGGACAAUCCAGAUCCUGAAAGGCUUAUCCCUGUUCCUAUGAUUGGUUUUAAAGAGCUGCUAAGAAGACUUGAAGUCCAAGAUCAGAUGACAAAGCAACACCAAAGCAGACUUGAUAUUAUUUCAGAAGAUAUUGGUGAACUUCAGAAAAACCAAACUACAACAAUGGCUAAAAUUGGCCAAUACAAAAGGAAACUAAUGGAACUUUCUCACAGAGUACUUCAGGUUUUAAUAAAACAAGAAAUACAAAGGAAGAGUGGAUUUGCUAUUCAAGCAGAAGAAGAGCAAUUACGUGUACAGCUUGAUACAAUCCAGAGUGAACUUAAUGCACCCACUCAGUUUAAGGGUAGACUCAAUGAACUGAUGUCACAAAUAAGAAUGCAGAAUCAUUUUGGAGCUGUACGGUCUGAAGAAAAAUAUUAUGUUGAUGCAGAUCUUUUGAGAGAGAUCAAACAGCAUCUAAAACAACAGCAAGAAGGUGUGAGCCAUUUGAUCAGCAUUAUCAAAGACAACCAUGAGGAUAUAAAACUAAUUGAACAAGGACUAAAUGAUAAUCUUCACAUGAGAACUGGAUUCUUAAGCUGAUAAGACUCACAAACUGUUAAUAGUUGCCUGGCAACUUAACAAUAAAGUAGUUAUUUUAUCUAGAACCAUAUCCUUUCUACAGGAGCAUCUCAUUAAAAUUAUAUUAGAAAACA